CACCUGUGUGACUGACAGAGAUAUCGUCUAUGCUUCAUUUGUCAGUGAAGUCUUUGUUCCAGCAUUCUAUGUGGUGGUGGAUCACACUCAAAACACUGUUGUGGUUGCUAUUAGAGGCACCUUCAGCAUCAAGGAUGCUCUAACUGACCUGAGUGCUCAGGCAUCACUGCUCACCUCAUCAGAGACUGGAGGAGAGGUUUAUGGACACAAGGGCCUGGUUGCUUGUGCUCAUGCUCUA